CAACCCGACAAUGUGAGUCAUGUCUUUGGUCAAGCAUGUGUUUUUCGAAUCCGGAUCGUCACGGAUCUCAAAUUAUCCGGGUGUGUGACAACAGUUUCGUGAGUUGAAUAGAUCAUCUUAUCAAGAUUACUGCUCGACAAGGCAGCGGCAGUAUAUCCACAUUAGUGUACGCGUGCUCCAGAUGAAUCACAGAUAAACCUGUUUGUACCCAGUGAGGCUCGACCAGGAAGUUCAAUACUUAAAUAGACAAAUACUGUCUAGUCACUGCUUACUGAGCUGUGAUCCGGGGAUACUAAGGUGGAGAACAAAUCGGGAUAUUAUGAUCUACUUGUACAACUUGAUGAUCUGAUGCUGUGGCAAUAAUGGGCAAGAGGCUGGAGAUUCAUUUGAUGCUUCUAGCUGCGCUGACUGUUAGUUUGUUUGGCCAGACAAUCCGACUCGUGUCCCCACUGGACAACGGUGUUGGGAGACUUGAGGUGUACUAUAACGGCACAUGGGGCACUGUGUGUGACGAUGGCUUUGAUACCGAUGAAGCUAAAGUGGCCUGCAGACAACUAGGACUAUAUAAAAGCGGCGUCACACCAAGGGCGAUUCAGGAGUUUGGAUUUGGAGGAGGGAGGAUUUGGUUGGAUGACUUGAGCUGCUCCGGUACAGAAUCGUCUUUGGCCAGCUGUUCACACGGAAAAUGGGGCGUCCACGAUUGUCAACACAUUGAAGAUGUUGGCAUCAUAUGUGAUCCAAGUGACAUAACCAUGAAGCUGACAAGCUACAAAAUGGACUCCUGCAGGUACUCCACUCCGGUAGCUGGGGAACAGUGUGUGAUGAUGGCUUUGGAGCAGUGGAAGCUACUGUUGUGUGCAGGGCUCUGGGGUACCAGAUUGGAAACGUAAUUGAUGAAAGCAGUACCAAUAAAAUGUGGCUAGAUGACGUCCAGUGCACGCUGCUGGACACAGAUCUAAAGGACUGCAAGCACCUGCCAUGGGGAACAAAUAACUGUGGUGGUUCUGAAGCUGUUGGUGUUGAGUGUUUUUCUUUUCCUCUAGGUAUGGUUUGGAUCAUUGCUCGUGACACUGAUCAAUGGAUUGUCUGCUAAGGGGCACAAUUGUUUACUGGCCAUAUGAUUGCAUUAUUACUAAACAGAG